CACUAGAUUGAAUUCAGUAUUGUCGGUGGUAAGAUGUGCUGUACAUACGCUCCAACUAGCUGCACAUGAUGUAUAUAAAACUGUUUCAUCAGAAUUAACCAAGUGUAGAGAGGCGGCACGUUUUCUUCGAAAAAAGAUUCGUAAUGAAAAUUUUGGUGAAGGUAUCCGGAUGCCUACAUUAGACAACUUAACUAGAUGGAAUUCUAUGUUCGAUAUGUUAAAUUCUCUGUUGAACUUGGAAGAAUUUGUAAAUAUUCAUGAAGUUAACUGUCAAAUAAAUUGGGAUUUCGUACAAAAUUUUGUUGCUGCGUUUAAGCCCAUUGCUGAAUGUACAAGAAGUUUGCAAACAGAAGAUUAUAUAAUGGGUGAUUUCUACAGGGAUUGGCUGCUUUGCGAAACGAAAUUGGAAACUAUGCCGAACAAUAUCUUCGCUAGUACUUUAUUAGAAUCAAUGCAGUUGCGGAAGGAAAAGCUUCUUGAAAACAAUGCAUUCGUUUCCGCUUUAUAUAUGGAUCGAAGAUUUAAUUAUAUGGAUUCACUGUUCUUCAAUGAAAUGCAAAGAAAACAGGCGGUAUCACAUAUAAUUUCUACAAGCACAAUGUUAAGUUCUUUGGAGGGAAAUCCAAUAUGCAAUGAUGCAGAUCCAGUGGCCAGCCAAGUUGAAUUCGAACCUUCUCUGUCUUCAAAUGAUACUUUUCACUUACUUGAACAAAAAGUUACUUCUUGGAUGCAACAAUCUCCUCAGUCAACAAGCAAUGUUCAAACAAUUCGUCAAAAACUUGAAGGACUAGCACACGAAACUCGGAUGCCUUUCCAAACAAACAUACUGGAUUACUGGAAAGGUUUGCGAAGCCAUGAGCCAGCUUUAGCCAAAUUAGCCGAAGUAGUUCUAUCUGUUCCAUGUAGUCAGACUUCAGUGGAACGUGCCUUUAGUGCUCUUUGGUUAAUUUUAACUAAGCAUCGUUCCAGGCUCAACGGACAAAAUAUCAAUAAUUUGCUUUUGAUAAGGUUAAAUGAAGAACUUUUUAAUAAUAUGAAUUUUUCUUAAGGUAAUUUUUCAUCAAAAAAUUAUCAACUUUAUUUAUUGAAUUAUUUGUGUUCUUUUUCUAUUGAAAUAUAUACUUACAUGUUUUGUUUGUUUUAAUAAAUAAGUACUUACUUAUGUACGUACAUAUGUAUGUACAAAUACGGAAAAUAACUAAAUAAAAAUUUGAGUAUCUAUUCUUUAUUUGUAAAUACAUAUGUAUAGGCUUUUGCUUUUUUUUCUUUAAAGAAGAGACAAUACUAAUGACAAGUGAAAAAAGAUGAGUUUUAUU